AUGGCAGACGACAUAGACAGCUCGCCGGUCUCCAGACCAGCGAGCAGCAGAGCAUGGAGCGAAGCCUCUUUCAUGACCGAGAGGCCUGAGUCGCCAACUGCGCAUCGUAGUAUCGCGCGGGAGAUCGAUCGCAUCAAGCAAUUGGUUCAGCGGACACAGAGCGGGCCUCGGCGCAAUGCCUCCGGUGGCAUGAUCACAGCUCAGGUCUUUCGAAGGCAAAGCUCCGCACCGGAAGAACCUAUAUCGCAUGCACGGGUACUACAGGAGCUGGACAGUCUCAAGAAACGCAUUCGCGAUGAGAAGCAGCUUGCUAGGCGAGCUUCCGAGGUCGAUCUGGAUAGCGACUCCGAGGCCGAAGAGUUCGGCACUACGGCGACCGUGGAGCCUGAUGAGACAGAAGAGGAGCUGGAGGGUAUACGGCAGGAGUUGCAACUGGUGAGGCAGCAAAGGGAGGAGUGGUUGGGUGCUGCGGAAGAGAGGAUCGAUAAGCUCAUGGAUGAGAAGGAGAGCUUGGCUGAGCUACUGGACGACAAUAGGAAUGAAUUGAGGGAGGCUCGAGGAGCUAACAAGUCCCUUGACGUGGCGCUAACAGAGGAGAGGUCGAGGAUCGAGACGCUGGAUCAGCAAGUCAAGGAUGUACAGAGGAGAUUGGACACUGCACAGUCCGAAGUCGCAAAACUGCGGACAUCGCAUGAGGAGACUCUGCAAACUCUCGAUAUCGAGCGAACGGCGAAGCAAGAGCUUUUCCAGCAACUCGAGGAUGUACAGACUUCUCUUGCAGACGUGCAGAAGCGAUUCGAUGAUUCAGACGAGGAGCGGCGAAAGCUGGAGUUCUUACAUAGCGACGCCGUACGAGCCCAACACAACGAGAGACGAGCAAAGGAGGACCUUUUCAAGCAGCUUGACUCUGUAGAAUCUUCAUUGACCGACGUCCGCAAAGAAGUCGAGCAACUCAAGGAGGAAAAGGAAGAGCGAAUUUCUGAGACCACUGACCUCCGUGAAUCGCUGACCAGAGCUAAUGAAAAAGAGGAGAACGAUCGCCGUCAAAUGACUGCCCUGCAAAAUGAAUUAGACGAUUUCAGGCAUGAGUUCGAGCAGGUCAAAGCACAGUCCCUCGAUUCGGUGCGUGAGUUGCAGGAGCGGAACGACUCAUUCGAGAAGCAACAACACGAUCAUGAGACGAAGCUGGCGGAGAGUGAUGCCCGUGUAGUUGAACUCGAGGAGAAGAAUGCACAGUCCGCUGAGUUGCUAACAAAGACGAAAGAGGAUGCCGAGGGUAGUGUGCGGAUUGCUGAGGAGCGUAGGAAGGAACUGGAGUCGCGCCACGACGAGCUGACGUCGGAGUUGCAGGACCUGCAGCAUAAGCACUCCGAGCUUAAAGGCACGUUGGGUGAGAGCCAGGAUCGCAUCGAUGAGUUGCUCGAGAAGAACGAUGGCGAGGCCAAGUUGCUCCGAGCAACGAUCGAGGAGCACGAAGCGAGUCGAAACGAGGCUGAGCGGCAACACCAAGAGCUGGAAGACCGACACUCUACCACGGAGACGGAGCUUGCACAGAUGAGAUCUCGUGCAGACGAGCUUGCCGGACAGCUCAUUGAAGCUGAGACCGCUGCAGCCAACUCCACGACCGAGCACGAAAGUCAGCGUGCGAAUUUUACCAAGGAGCUCGAACAGUAUAAGAGGAAAGUCGAAGAGGCUGCGAAUGAUGCGCAGCAGCACCAAUCUCGGGCCGAUGAAACGCGGAUCGCUCUCAAUGCAGAAAAGUCUCACGCCGAAAAAACUAGGAGUGAGCUCAAGGAUGCACAGUCUCAAAUCAGGCUCCUUACCAGCGAGCGGGAUGAGACUAAGUCUGCGCUUGAUACCGCCUCAGCUGAGACCUCGAAAGUGGUGGAGGCGCACAAUGGCGAGCUCGAGAAGCUGCGAAGCAAGCAUGUCGCUCAGCUACAAAAGCUGCAGGGUAAACACGAUGAUGCUCUGACACAAUCACAGCACGAGUUGGACUCGGUACGUACGCAACAUGCUCAGCUGCUGGAUCAGGCGACAUCGAAUCACGGAAAGGCCAUUGGGGCGCUGAAGGAGGAGCACCAAAUGUCCUCUGAAGAGUCCAAGGCAGCGUUUGAGAGUCUCUGCAAGCAGCAUGAUGAGAAACUGGAGGUUGUGCGAACUAAGCAUGAGGAUGCACUCCAGCACGUGAAGGAGCAGCUACAAAGCAGCCAUACCAAGGAAGUCGACUCUAUGCGUGAAAAGCAUGACGAGGUACUGUCGGAGGUCACUAGUCGGAUCGAGCAGACUUCUCGCGAUCAUGCCAAGGAGCUUGGCGUCCUGCGUUCUCAACACGAAGAGACUAUAAGCGAUCUCCAGCAGGCCGUGGAAGCUAGCCAGCAAAAGGCAGCAGAGGCAGCCAAGCGCCACAGUGAGGAAGUGGAGACAGCACGAUCGAAGCAUGCUGAACUCCUCUUGACUGUCCAGCGAGAUCUUAAAAGUGCUCAUCGAGAGGCAAAGGAGGCUACGUCUUACCAUGCGACCACACUCUCGACCGUGCAGAAAGAUCUUGAAGAUGCUCGAAAUGCUGCCAAAAAGGCUGCCUUGCAACAUGAUCGCACUUUGGAGACAGCAUUGGCUAAGCACAGCGACGAGCUCAACACACUACAGCAGCAGAUCGAGGCCAGCAAGAAUGCAGCAGCGGAGGCGACCAGGCGGCACUCCGAGCAGAUCGCCGAGCACCGUGCUGAGCACGACAACGCACUUUCGAAUCUGCAGCAAGAACUCGAGGCCAAUAACGCCAAGGCUAAAGCAUCAAGGGAGAAAUCUCAAGCCAAAUUGGCAGACCUCGCUGGUCGUCUCAGCAAAGAAGCGAAAGAUGGUCGCUCGCUGCGAGAUCAAUUGCAGAAGGGUGAGCAGUCGCAUCGAGAAUUACGAAAGGAUCUGGAGGCGACUAUCGCUGAGCUGGAGAGCAAGGCUGCGCACGCAGAGGGAGUAGCUGCGGGUGCCAAAGCAACGCUCAACGACGAUAGGGAUGUCUUCAGUGAGACGGUAGGCAGGCUUGACAAGGAACUCAAUGCGGCGCAAGAGGGGAGGCAGAAGCUGGACAAGCAGCUGGACCAGGCAAACAAGAGUAAAGCUGACCUGGAGUCGCGACUGGUCGAAUUGAAGCAGGGCAAGACUCAGCUGGAGAAGGACCUGGUUGAGGCGAAAAAAGGCAAGUCGGAGCUGGAGGAGCGAUCGAUGGUCGACAAUAACAAAUUCCAGGAUCAGGUUCGGGAUCUGGAGCAAAAGCUAAAGGUGGCGAAUAGCAACGUGGAGCAAGCUUCAGCAGAGCGGGAACGACUUGAUGCGGAGACGAGCACCGUGGUAGACGCCCUGAAGAAGGAUCUGGCAGAGACACGAGAAGUCAGAUCGAAUCUCGAGCGCCAAUCUGCGAUAGAAAGGGACCGGCUCGAAGCUCAGAUCAAAAGGCUCAACGACAAUCUCACGAAGGCGACAGGCGCUGCUAGCAAGGCAGAGGCUUCCAUGAAAGCCAAGGAGGCUGAGCUCGACGAGGAAGUGACGGCGCUUAAGGAUGAUCUGGCAGCAGCUCGAGAGACUAGAUCGCAACUGGAGAAUGAGACCGCUGCUGAGCAGAAGAACUUGCAAGACAAGGUGCACGGUCUCGAGGUCGAGCUCGAAAAGUCGAACAAAGCUGCCUCGGAAGCAGUUGCUUCCCUGCAGUCCAAGGAAUCUCAGCUUCGCCAAGAGACUUCGCAAUUGGAGGAGGAUCUGGCAGAAGCGGAGAAGGCAACGGCACAAAUCGAAGAGCGCUUUCUUUCCGAGAAGAAGGAACUCCAGGAUAGCGUUGAAGAUCUGAAGGACAGACACGAGAAUACUGCUCGUGCUCUUGAGAGUGCGAAGGCGACAUCAGCCAAUCUUACUGAACAAGUGAGCACGAGCCAAGCCGAUCUCGCAUCCGCAAAGAACGCCCUGUCUGCCUUCGAGGAGCGCUCAGCUGCUGAGAGUACUGAGUACCGUCAUCGGAUCGAGCAGCUAGACCAGGCCGCUUCUGAUGCUGCGAAGCAACACUCGGAUCUUGUAGCAGCGCACGAUGACAGCCUACGACAACUCAGCGGUAGCCAUGCUAGAGCACUAUCUGAACAGCACGAUGCGCAUGUCACAGAGCUGAAGCGGCUGAAGGAAGAGACAGUCGCUGCGACUGAGGACGCUGCUCAAGGACAUCAUGGUGCACUCGAUAGCCUGAGCCAGAGCCAUGCGGACGCCAUCAGUCACGCCACGGGUGAGGCUGAGAUCAAGCUGCGACAACUCCAAGACGGACAUAGCAAAGACCUCGAGCGAAUAGUUGCUGAGCACAAAUCUGCAUCGGACGCUGCGGAGCAAGCUCGGACGGCAGCGAAUGACAAGACGCGUGAACAGCAUGAGGCUGCUCUUGCCUCCGCACGUCAAUCCAGUGAUGCAAGGGUCUCGGCACUGACCAGCCAGCAUAGUCAAGAACGUGACAAGAUGACGGAACAGCAUCGGACGACUCUCGGGCAAGCCGAGCAACGGCAUACCGCAGCGCUAGAUGAGCUCCACAAGAGUCAUGACGCAGCACUCGACAAUGCAAAGAACAGCAGCCUUGUUGGUAUAGAGCUGCUUAAGCGCGAGCACAACGCGGCCUUCUUAAAGCUCGCCAACGAGCACAAGCAGGCUAUCGAUGCGGCUGCGCUUGUACACAAAGAUGAGAUUGAGGAUUUGCACAAGGAACGGGAGGUCGCCGUCGCUAAUGCAGAGAAGUAUAGCCAGGCCGGUUUGCAGACAGAGAAGACCAGGUUGACUAGCGAACACAGCCGUGCCACUGAUGCUGCCGAGGCGAAACACCAAGCAGAUCUGGACGAGAUUCGCCACAAGCAUGCAGCAGUACUGGCAGAUGCGGAGAAGCAGUCCCAGGACCAGCUGCAAAAGGAACGUGAGAAACAUUCUACUGAGGCCGAGGCGGGCAGCAAGGAGCAUGAUGCUGUGAUCGGUCAGGUCACAGAAGAUCUUACAGCUAAGCACCAAAUUGCUAUGAAAGUUCUGCAGAAGCAACAUAUGGAAGACGGUGACAGUCUGGAAUCAGCGCAUCGAAAAGCGUUGGAAGAGUCUAGUCAUGAACAUGACUUGACACUGCGCAAUGUCAGAGCUGAACAUGCGCAAGACCGCGGACAGCUUCUUGCGGAGCAUCAGCAAACCUUGGAGCAGCAUACGGCCGAGCACGAAACACAAUUGCAACAGCUUCGCGAUCAGCACGACCAGGAUCGGGUUCAGCUUGUUGCUGAGCACGAAGCGGUCCUGCAGCAGCAUGCGGAUGAGCAUCUUUCUGGAUCGCAGCAAGCCCGCGACGGACAUGGCCAAGAGCUUGCAAAUCUGGUCACCGAGCAUGAGCAGAAGUUGCAACAGGCUGCUUCCGAACAUGAGUCUCAGCUACAGCAACUUCGUGAUCAACACAGCCGGGAUCAAGAUUACGUGAACGACGAGCACAGACGACGGUUGGAAUCGUCAGAUGAGUGGCACCAAGUCGCUUUACAAGACGCCAAGACUCGAAAUAGCCAGGAGAAAGACCAGCUUACACAGGAUCACACAUCUGAGUUGGAGAGACUUGGGAGCGAUCAUGCAAACCUACUACGUGAGACUGAGGACGCGCAUGACCGCAAGCGUACAGAUAUGGAGAUACAAAUAGCGGACUUACGGGCUGAGCUUGAACAUCUGGCUUCGUCGCACGAAGCCCAGACACGAGCGUUGUCAGAACAGCACGGUGGCAAGCUGAGCGUGAGUACAGUAGCACUUGAACAAGCAAAAGCAUCCUUGGCAGCAGCGAAGUCGGACUCCGAGACGUCUAUCAAAGGCAUACGAGCCGAGCAUGCGGACAAGAUGCUAAAGCUGGAGACAGGUCUAUCAUCCAAAGCAGAUGAGACAGCUAAAGCUCAUGAAGCUGAUUUGCAAAGUGCUGUUGCGAAAGCCAUUGACGAGACCAAGGAUGCUGCUCGAGACCAGCUUAAGGAGCGUUUGGCCGAGACUGAUUCUGCUGCUGAGAUUCGCAUUGCUUCUCUUCGCCAGUGCGAUGCGGCAGAGCUUGCGGAAGUUCGUAACGCGCAUACCGCUGAGGUCGAAACUUCUCGAAAAUCUUUAGCUACAGCACGAGCGGACCAAGUCGCCAUGAAUGCUGAACAUGAAAGGGCUAUGGCCGAGAUGCAGGACAAAUUCAAUGAGCAGCUUGCACAGCUGAAGACCAAACACAAUUCCGAGAGUCAGAGGGUCGUUGCUGAAGGCCAAUCCGAGAGACAGCAGCUCGUGGACAAACAUCAGGAGACAACCUCAGGUUCUGAGGCUACGCAAAAGGCACAUAUGACCGAGCUAGAAGCGAUAAAGUCCAGAUUGUCGGAAACCGAAGCUCGUCAUACCGCUGAGCGGGCCAGCAGAGACGCUCAACAUUCCCAGACAAUACGUGAUUUGAAUGCGACUACAGACGAAGAAAGAGAGAUCCUCAGGCGAGAGCACCAGAUCGCAUUUGAACAGCUCGAACACUCUAUGCAGGAGAAGAUGCAUGCGGCGUUGGAGGUUCAACAGAAAUCAAACGAUGCCGUACAGUCGAGGCUCGAGGCGCACGUUGAACAAGCUACUGUAUCUCACGAGAAGGCCUUACGAGAUCACGAUCUCGAAUGGGUCGAUAAGGUUGCGGCCUUGAAGGAUGAUCAGGCAAAGAUCUCUGCUGCAGCUUUGAAAGACGGUCAGGCGACGACGGCGCACAAGAUUGAGCAGCUGCAGGCUCAGCACGCCGAAGCCUUACGGCAGGCCAUCGAUAGUGCUCGCACUACUGCGAUAGAGCGAGGCGAAGAAGCGCAGAAGGAGCAUCGACUUGCAUUGGACGAAGUUCUCGCCGAUGCACGGAAGGCUAGUGACACCGAGCUUGGUCGCCUGAAGUCUGCUCACCAAGAGAUAGUCGACCGAUUACGUAUCGAAUCAGACGAAACCUCCCGCACAAGCACUGCCGACCUCCAACAGAGUCACGAAAAGUCGCUUGCGACGUUCGCAGCUGAGCACGACUCUUCAUGGCAAGAAAAGUCACGACGUCGGGACGCAGACCACAGCAACGAGCUGGAAGAGCUUCGUGCUUCGCAUACCAGCGAGCUCAAUGUGUUACGAUCAGAUCUGGCACAAGCUAGCGCAUUGCUUGAGUCUGAAAGGGCGGCGUCCGUUGAGCGGCGAGCAUCAGAAGCACAGGAGAUCAAGAGCCAAAACGACGAAGCCAUUCAACGCCUACAGGGACAAUUAAGUCAUGCUGAAGCGGAAACAAUCAGCUUCCAGGACAAGCACAAGAUCAUCGCUAUGGAAGCGCAGACUCUGCAACAUCGACUUGACGAAGCGACUGAUCAACAAGCAAAGUCCGAACAUGCGCUCGCCGAGAGCCGGGGAGAGACCGUCGAUGCUGACAAGGCCGCUGUGGAUGCUAACGAGCCUCUACAGGCACAGCUCGACGCUCUGCAAGUAAAGCAUGAUGCCGCAUUACAGAAUUACGAGCAGGCCCAAGCUUCGCUGCGAGAGCUCCAGGAGCAGCAUGAUCGUGGGGCACACACAAAAGAAGCCGCAGACAAUGAUAACAUAGUUGCUUCGUUAGAGCAGAGACUUGCUCUGGCUGAGGAAGAGAAGGCCGAUGCAGUUGCUGUGCUUCAGCAGAAGCUGGAAGAAAAGAAUCAGCUCGCUGCACAGCACGAGAAGCUUGCGAAAGAACUAGACGACCUGAAGAGGCGCCAUGAAGCAUCGCUGUCCACAGACAAUUACACCGAUGUUCAAGUCCAGACUGAGCAGGCGGUCGUUUCGGGGGAGAUUUCAUCGGCCCCCGUGCACGAGGAACAGCCUGGCACGUCUACUGUACGCACGCGAGACGUCGGUUCCACAAGUGGUUUACAAGGCAAAGGCACUCUGCAUGACAAAGCCGUCGAAUUCUCGGCUACCAAUCGUGAUAGUGUCGACACAUACAGACCAUCGGGCUCUCGGGCUGAUCGCACUAAUGGCCGUGCUUCGAAGGCACAGUCUUUCGAGGACUACCUCCAGCAAGCCAAAGCCGAGCUCUCGGAACUGGGAAGUGUAAUUACUGCUAACGAGGCACUUUUCGCACAAAAGAUCCAGGAGCAUGUGGGAGACUUGCAGCGUGCAAAGGACCAGCUAGCUACUGAAUACAAGGAGAAGUUUGAUGGUCUAGUCGCCGAGCGGGACCGACUCGACAAGGAUGCCAUGUCACGAGGUGUUGCAGACUUUACGAAAGAACGCAAUCAGCUUGUUGCGGACUACGGCAUCGAGGAUGACGAGCCAAAUGCCCAGACCGCACUACUCACCAGCCUGCCGCUGAAAGAGGCUAAAGCUCUUCGGACUGCCGAAGAAAGGCUUGUAUCUGAAUACAAUCGUCGCAUCUCCAAGCGCAAGUCUCAGAUUGCUCUCAAGCAUGCCGAGGACUUCCACAGUCUUACUCAAGACUACGACCGCAAGAUCGCGGCUCUGAUGGUAGACAAGGAAAAUCUUGAGGGUGACCUCAGCGUCGAACCUUCACGUUUCGAACACGAUCGGGAUGAGCUUGACAAGUCUGUAAUACUUGAGUCAGAACGAGCGACAAGUGCUGCGAGUAGCCCUCGCGUCGUCAAGAGUGCUCCCGCCUUGUCUGACAAGGUGCGAAAUAGCGUAGGUAGUCCACGAGCGCAGGAGAAGCCUUUCCGCCCUGCAUCACCCGUGGCGCACGCAGAGCCUGAAAUCGAAGCUCGUCAGGCGUCGCCGUCAGCGCAACGAAUAGUGCCGGAGCAACCUCUCAACCACAAGGACGCACCAGACCUAUGA